AUGGCCCAGGAAGAUGUCGAAAUGAAAGAUGUGCCAAACACAUCACAGUCCAGUGUGGUGACUGAUUUCUUGGCGGUGUUAUUUGCCAAUCAUCCUACGAAAGAACAAGAAGAAUUAAGCGAACAAGCAAAGGAACACGAUUCUCAACAAGAACGGCAGCAACAACAAGAACAACAACGAAUGCAGCAGCAGCAGCUGCAGCCUCCGCCACCGUCGUCAUUACAGCAACUGGCGCAACCUCAACAACCUCAUCCUCGAGCAGAAUUGGAACCACAAAAUGGAGUUAAUGUUGGUGGCGGUAGUAGGGGUAGAAAUAUUUCUGCAGCCUCUCCUACUAGAAGAAUGGGUAUUUCACCGAGUCGUAACGAAAGGCCUUUCCCAGUACAAAGAAAUCGAGAACAAGUGAUACCCGAAGCGCGUUUGCUGGUUCGGGGAUUGCCCCAUGGUUUAAAGAAGCGCGAUAUCCUGGACUAUUUUAGCAAAUAUGGACCGAUCGUCGAUGCUUUCUUUAAAGACACCGCUGGUUUUAUUCAAUUUGGUUCACGUGAAGCUUGCCAUGAUGCUUAUCAUUCAGAAAAUGGAAACUUCUUCCGUGGCUCGCAACUCGAACUCAGCUUGUCCGGACCAAGACGACGUGAUACUACUCCGAAUGCACGACGCAGCCCUUCUCCAAUGACAUCGUAUCAAGCAAACAAGAAAUUCCAUAAUGAAAACAGACCUGCACGCAAGUUUAAUGAAAUCGAUCAUGACCGUUACAGAGACAAUGGCAACAACAGACGAUUCAAGCCAUCCUAUCCUACGUCUCCUACUACAAGCAAUGUUUUUAACGCUACUAGUUCUAUUGCUGUUGGAAACAAUCACUAUCGCCAUGAUAACGACAAUUAUCAACGCGAUUAUAAUCAACAACAACACCAACACCAUCGUUAUAACGACGACUAUGAGAAUGUGAGCGAUGGUGAUCGUUUUGAGAGCAGAUUUUCUUCCGCUCGCGGUCGUAAUGGAGCUGGUAACGGCGGUGGAACUAUGGGAAGAGUACGUGGAGAAGAAGGAAGAUUUGGAGGUAGUAGUAGCACCACCACUGCUUCUACUCUUAUUGGAAAUACAAAUGCUGCAGAAACAUUGUAUCGAAAAGCUUGGCGAAACGAUAAUGUUGGUGCAAGACCCCCUAUACGAGGCAAGGGUCAUUAUCAGCCGUCACCGAAACAUCCUAAUCAACAUGCCCAUUCUCAUGCUCAUCCUGCUCUACAACAACAACAGCAACAACAACAACAACAACAUGCGUUGGCGUCGAAGCCUCCUUCAAUGUUAUUACCAAAGCGAACUGAAAAGGACAUUCCCCUAGUACAAGUUGUGGCCUGGGACAAUGUGAGUUCCAACUUUACGGACUAUAUUGAGAAGUCCUUCAGAUUGCAGCAGAUCGCCAUACAUACUAUGCGCUUGCAGUAUGGUCAGCUCAGCCGUGAUGAAGUAGUGUCUCAUUUGAUUAUGGAAGGUGUGAGGGCGCUGCUAGUUGUUGAUCCAGCAAAGCAGGCGCAAGGCAAGAUAUAUUUACAAGUAUUUAAGCCUAAUGAAGAAGCAGGCGACGGAAGCGUCCGUUUCGAUGAAUAUGACAGUAUCUCGGUUGAAGAAGCCAUUGCAGUCAUGCAGCGUGUCAUGACGCAACAGAAAAAGCCAGUUUCAUAUCCUAUGGCAGCUGUGUCCCCUCGGCAAGGACCUAUACAGUCACCUCAGGCACAACCACAAGCAACCCAAGCUCCAGUACAGCCACCAGCGGCCGCUGCGCCAACGGCCAUGCCUAACAUCGAUCCAAACACUCUAUCAUCACUGAUUACAUUGGUCAAAGGUAUGAUGCACCAACAGCAGCAGCAGCAACAACCACCGCAGCCACAACCUCAAAUACAACCUCAAGUACAACAACAACAACAACUACGACUACAACAGCAGCAAGCAUAUACACCACCUGUGAACUCCAUACCCUUUACUCAACAACAAAAUGUUGAACAAACAUCCUAUGUCGCUACCCCUGCUCUUCCUGCGAAUAUCUCUCCUGCUCCUAGCUCUUCUACUACUUCUUCCUACUAUGGCGCUGGUUAUGGAUAUGGCUAUGGUAAUAAUUACUCUCAGCCGCCGCAACAGCAACAAUCAAAUGGUAACUAUGCAAUGUAUUCCGAACAAGCAUAUCAGACGGCGACACAUGCGAAUGGUUCUGCGUCGAUCACGAACGAAAUCGAUAAUAACAAGAGUAACGGUAUCGCUACCACUGCCAGCGUGAGUAGUGCCAGUGUGCCCGCACCGGCUACGAAUGGUAAUACCCUGGGAAACAACACUGCAAUCAGUGAUCUUUUGGAUAAGCUACAGAUGUUUACACAAGCAUCACCGGUCCCUCAACGUCAAUGA